AACACAAAGCUUCUAUUCUAUUUCGCCACCCUUGCUUUAUAGUAGUUAACUUCAGAUCCUACUUUCUCACCAUUUCUAUGCUCAUUUCUUCUCGCUGAAGAAUUCUCCAUAGUUGAAAUGGAACCUUUCUUUCUCUCCGCUCUCUCAUUCAUCCUCUUACUUUUCUUCCCUUUUUCCUCUGCUCAGAUGCCAGGUUUUGUAAGUUUGGACUGUGGAGGUGAUAAAAAUUUCACCGAUGAAAUUGGUCUUAAAUGGACUCCUGAUGAUAAGAUUACUUAUGGAGAUAUAAGUACUAUUUCGGUUGCCAACGAGACACGGAAGCAAUACACGACACUUAGACACUUUCCUGCCGAUUCCAGAAAAUACUGCUAUACACUUGAUGUUGUCAGUAGGACAAGGUAUCUACUGAGGGCAACAUUCUUGUAUGGAGACUUUGAUAACAACAAUGUUUAUCCGAAAUUUGACAUUUCUAUUGGGGCUACUGAUUGGUCUACUAUUGUUAUAUCUGAUGCAAACACUAUAGAAGUAAGAGAAAUUAUUUUUUUGGCUUCAAGUCCUACUGUUAGUGUAUGUCUAUCCAAUGCAACAACUGGGCAGCCAUUCAUAUCUACACUUGAACUUAGGCAAUUCAACGGUUCAGUUUACUUUACAUUCUUUGAGGAAGACUUUUACCUCAGCGUCUCUGCGAGGAUAAAUUUUGGUGCAGAGAGUGAUGCCCCAGUUAGGUAUCCUGAUGACCCGUUUGAUAGAAUUUGGGAGUCAGAUUCUGUCAAGAAAGCAAAUUACCUCGUUGACGUUGCUUAUGGAACCGAGAAAAUUUCCACCAAUGUAUCAAUUGAUACCAACAGAGAUGAAAUGCCACCAGUGAAAGUAAUGCAGACAGCUGUAGUAGGUACAAAUGGAUCUCUAACAUACCGGUUGAACUUGGAUGGUUUUCCUGCUAUGGGACGGGCAUUCAGCUAUCUUGCAGAGAUAGAAGAUUUUCCGCAUAAUGAAUCUCGAAAAUUCAGGCUAGUACUUCCAGGCCAGACGGAAAUUAGUAAGGCCGUGGUAAAUAUCGAAGAGAAUGCUCCAGGAAAAUAUUGUGUUUAUGAACCGGGAUUUAACAAUGUAUCCCUACCGUUUGUGAUGUCCUUUAAAUUAGCCAAAACAUCUGAUUCUUCCAAGGGUCCUCUUCUCAAUGCCAUGGAGAUUAAUAAGUAUCUAGAGAAAAAUGAUGGCUCUCCUGAUGGAGAAGCUAUAUCUAGUGUACUUUCUCACUACUCGUCAGCAGAUUGGGCACAAGAAGGGGGUGAUCCAUGUUUACCUGUUCCUUGGUCGUGGGUCCGAUGUAGCUCAGAUCAACAGCCAAGAAUAGUUUCAAUUUUGUUGUCUGGGAAAAACAUGACGGGCGAUAUUCCUUUGGACAUCACCAAAUUGACUGGUCUGGUUGAAAUAUGGCUUGAUGGAAAUAUGCUAACAGGCCCAAUACCAGAUUUCACCGGAUGCAUGUACUUAAAGAUAAUUCAUCUUGAGAACAAUCAGUUGGCGGGUGUGCUCCCAGCCUCUUUGGGGAGCCUUCCGAAUUUGAAGGAACUGUAUGUCCAGAACAAUAUGUUAUCUGGAUCUGUACCGUCAGAACUUUUGAGCAAAUCUUUGCUGUUUAACUACUCCGGAAACAACGGUCUUAAUAAAGGAAGCAGAAAAAACAAUCAAUUGUAUGUCAUUAUUGGUUCAGCAGUUGGGGCCGCCAUUUUACUUUUGGCUACUAUUAUAUCAUGUUUGUGUAUGCAUAAGGGAAAGAGUAAAUACUACGAUCAAGACCACCUUGUUUCACUCUCUACUCAAAACCUGGAAUCUAAGAGUGAUGGCCAUGCAGAAGUUGCUCACUGCUUCAGUUUUUCUGAAAUUGAAAGCUCCACAAAUAAUUUUGAGAAGAAAAUUGGAUCUGGAGGUUUUGGAGUUGUUUACUAUGGGAAACAGAAAGAUGGAAGAGAAAUAGCAGUUAAAGUUUUAACUAGUAAUUCAUAUCAAGGCAAAAAAGAGUUCUCAAAUGAGGUGACUCUUCUGUCAAGGAUACAUCACAGAAACUUAGUACAGCUUCUAGGUUAUUGCCGAGAAGAAGGGAAUAGUAUUCUUAUUUAUGAGUUCAUGCAUAAUGGAACUCUCAAGGAACAUCUUUAUGGCCCAUUAACACACGGACGGAGUAUUAAUUGGAUUAAGCGACUUGAGAUCGCCGAAGAUUCUGCCAAAGGGAUUGAGUAUCUACACACGGGAUGUGUCCCAGCAGUUAUCCAUAGAGACCUAAAAAGCAGCAACAUUCUUCUUGACAGGCACAUGAGAGCUAAGGUUUCAGAUUUUGGGCUUUCGAAACUUGCUGUUGAUGGAGCCUCUCACGUCUCUAGCAUAGUUCGUGGUACAGUAGGAUAUCUGGAUCCUGAGUACUAUAUUUCUCAGCAGCUAACUGACAAGAGCGAUGUUUAUAGUUUUGGGGUAAUUCUUCUUGAACUCAUAUCUGGUCAAGAAGCAAUAUCUAAUGAUAGCUUUGGUGCUAAUUGCAGAAACAUAGUCCAAUGGGCAAAAAUGCACAUUGAGAGUGGUGAUAUACAAGGUAUAAUAGAUCCAGCAUUACGAGGAGACUAUGACUUACAAUCAAUGUGGAAAAUAGCAGAGAAAGCGUUGAUGUGCGUUCAAGCACAUGGACACAUGAGGCCAUCAAUAUCAGAAGUUGUGAAAGAAAUUCAAGACGCAAUUGCUAUUGAAAGAGAGGCAGAAAGCAUCUCAGAGGAUGAGAAUAUGACAAGAAAUUCAGUUCACUCUUCCAUCAACAUGGGUUCUAUGGAUCUUGCUGCAGCGGAGAAUUACCUCGCUAUUGAUGAUUCCAUUGCACGCCCCGCACCACGAUAGAAUAAUGUAAUAUGCCACAAAUUUUGACUAUUUUUUCCCCUCUCUCUUUCUGUAUAUUCAAAACUGCUAAUCUUUUAUAUUAUAAGCUUGUAUACACAAGCAAACCCUAAACCCUAAUUUGUUUUUCCUGUUUUCCCUCCAUUUUAUCUUGCAAUUUUUAUUAAAAAAUAAUACAAUUUUGUCUUGAUUAGGAUU